CUAGUCUUCAUUAAAUUGUGAUUUCUAGAACAUACACAGUUGUGCUCGGCGUUGAUUCCCUGUCAGCUAACGAGAGUACAAAGCAGGAAUUCAGAGCUAUCAGAUCCAUUCCCUAUCCCGGGUAUGAGAACCAUGCAAAUGACAUCAUGCUCCUGAAGCUGAACGGCAUGGCACAACUGAGUGCAGCAGUGCAGCUGAUCUCUCUGAAAACAAGCAGGGUGGCAACAGGAAGUCGCUGCCUCACAGCCGGCUGGGGGGACAUAGGGGAUGACGGAACCAAACCCAACACGCUUCAGGAAGUCAACGUAACCACGCUGUCACGGCGGACAUGUCGUAGGAGAUGGGGAUCGGUUCCCAUCUCUAGAUCAAUGGUUUGCAGUGAAGGAGCGAAAGCUUUUCAAGGCCCCUGCAGGGGGGAUUCAGGUGGCCCUCUGGUGUGUGAUGGAGCUGCAGCAGGCGUGUCUCCUUCUCUGGCCGGCGAUGCGGAAACCCCAAGACCCCUGAUGUCUACACAAGUGUAUCCUCCUUCGGGGACUGGAUUAGGGAAGUGUUAAAAAGGAAUUAGGCAAAUCAGAUUAACUGAUAAUUUGCCGGUGUGGAUGAUGGGGUUGUAUUCUUCAAGACAAAGCAAACGUGUGGUGCUACGUUGUUUAAUAUCUGUGUAGUGCUGUGGUUUUGUUUUUCAGUUGGCACUUUUUGUUUUGAAAUGGGUCACGCAAAAUUCUUUACAUCAUACAUUUUCAAAGUAUACCAAACUGAACACGGAAAUAAAGUUAGCAUGAAAGUGUUGUGUAAAUUACAUUGCACACAUUUCUGUAUUGUUUUGAAAAUGUGAAAUUUGUAUUAACAUGAUGAAGAAAGCCAUGAAAUCUGUUGUCAGCUCUGGAAAAAUAA